AGAAAGAAAAGAGACUGAAUUGAAAAAAGUUGACAGAGAAAUAAUGGCUUCAGUUUUGAACGAGAGAAGCGGAGAUCAAGAACCCAAGACAGGGUGGAAGGGGAACGCUUUGUCUUCAAUAUCUGCACCUCCUUUACAGCUUUUGGCAAUAGUUGGCAUAGUGGUGUUCUUGUUAUGGGUUUCAUCACAUAUGAAUUCCAAGUCAGCCAUGGAGACAACAAGUAACACCAACGUUAAUCUGUUCCUCUUGUUUCUGCCUCUUGUGAUAACCCUCAUCGCUCAGUUCGGACGGUUCGGGGUGGCGGUUCCGGCGACAAAUAAUAAUGCUACUACUACAAGUAGUUCUUAUGGUGAUGGAGAUGAAGGGCCAUCACCUUGGGGGUGGGUUCCCUUUGUUGUGUUGCUUUUGGUUUUGAUCUCCAACCAACUUCACCCUUUCAUUGUCAUGGCAAUUGUGUCUUUAUAUAUGUAUGUGGUAUCAACCUAAAGCAGUUUUUUUCCUUCUACUUAUUUGG